UUUGGUCUAAAUUUAAUGUGGUUUGAUUUUACAGAUGAGGAAGGUCUUGAUGAAAUCAGAUUUGCAGCCUACCGGACUGCAGCAAAGCUGCUUUUCAUCCAGAACAAAACAAACUUGCAUUUGGUUGAUGUCUACAACAUGAUUGAAGCAUUUCGAGAAAAUGGCCUCAACACUCUUGAUCACAACACUGAGCUCCAUGAAACAAGGCUUGAAGCAAUUGUUUCCAGCAUUUUCUAUGCUUUGAACAAAAGGCUUCCCACAACAAGCUACAUUGAUGUAGAACGGUCCAUAAGUCUGGUGACAAAAUGGCUUUUAUAUGCAUUUGACAGUGAUGCCAUAGGUAGGAUUAGGGUUCUGUCAGUGAAGACUGCUCUUUCCACACUCUGUGCUGGACGUCUGGUAGAUAAAUUGAGAUUUAAAUUCGUUGAUUCCCAUAAUUAUACGUGUAGUGAAUUUGGUUUUAAUAGGCUGAACCAACUUACAAACAUUCUCUCGUUGUUUUCAAGGUACAAGUGUCUUCUUUGUUACAAUUAUACUCUAUGUCAGGAUUGCUUUUGGAGGGGUAAAGCGUCACAAGGACAUAAAAAUGAUCACGAUGUUCGAGAAUACUCCACUUGGAAUGCUGGUGAGAGAGGGAGCUCUUUCCGAAGUAAGUUUCUCUGCGGAGGUGGAAGAAAGAAACGCCCUUCGCUGCCAGACUUCCCGAAAGAGCCAGAGCCUAGCAAAACGCUGGAUGUCACCAACAUUGUACCUCCGUUACCUUCAGAUCUGUCCGGACCCAAUCAGUAUGUGGAUUACGUCUCUAAUCCCACUUCUCCCGAGUCAGUGGAGUCCUCCGUCGCCUCAUCAAACCCGACCAAAAUGGUAGAGGACUUGGACGGAAGAAUGGAUGAUGAGCAUAAGCUGAUAUCAAGAUAUGCGGCUAGGCUUGCGGCGAAUUCGCGCCAGAAACCUGCUAAUAAGGUGAGCAAGUCACCGAGUCAGUCGAGCAUUGACGCCAACAGGGAACAGAGAGAGCUGAUGCAGACUCUCCAAAACAAAAACAGGCUUCUUCUGAAAGAAAUUCGACGCCUGCGCGAUGAACAUGAGGAGACAUCGAGGUCAGCGGCUCAGAUCGCUCAAAACCCUCAACUACUGGCCGAACUCAAGUUGCUAAGGCAACGAAAAGAUGAAUUAGAAUUGCGCAUGUCUGCACUGCAAGAGAGUCGCCGAGAACUGAUGGUACAGCUGGAAGGACUCAUGAACCUGCUCAAAGCAGAAAACAUCUGAACUCAAGACAAGAAGAUGUUCAGUUUUAACUGUUGAAUAAUUUUAAGGGCCUGUUUUAGAAGAUCAAUGUAUGUGAAACCGUUGCUUGGGUCGUCACGUAACACUGCGUUGCGUGACGACGCAAGCGACCAGCUGCUAUGCGUCUGUCCCCAAUCCUGCUUGUGACACCCCUCGCUGCUAAAAGCGUGGGUUGUGAUUGCUGAUGUUCGUUUAAAAGUCGAUUAGGACAGGGAUAAAAGCGAAGUUUCUGUAUGAGGUAACCUACGUUUUGUUACAAUUUAAUCAUGGUUUACUUUGAAAAAGUAUUAUGAAAAUGAUAAAUAAUUGAGGAAAAAUCAAGAUCGCAAAUUAAUGUUUAAUCAGUUUGCAAUGAAAUCUCCUAUGCAGCCGUUAUUUGGGUCGCCACUGUAUAGAACUAGGCUGAAGUAGGUCAUGUCGCUAAAGCAACUGAAAACAUUGCUUUAGAAAGGUAGACUUAAUGUCUUAUAAGUGACUAUUGUCCAGAGUUCGUGUACUAACUCUCGUUUUAAGCCGACAUAGGUAAUUGACCUGUGGUUCCUCUCUCUCCCCUCCCCCAAGAAAAAUAAGUUGAAUUGUAAGCGUUAACAUUUUAAGCAAAAUUAACUGUUUCUUGUAACAUUUUCGAUGCCGGCCAGAUUUACUCGAUAUAUUGGUGUACACUAUAAUUGUGUAUUGGAGCUUUUUUAUCAUUUCGUUUCAAAUGGAAUUUUUUUUAGUUCGCCUUUUGUAUUAUAACUUAACAUUACAAGAUGGUUACGCCUCAUUGUGUAAUAAUACUAAGUUAAAAUGUCACCCACUCUGUGUGGAUUUAUAAGGUUAAGCCAGAGUAUAUAAAUGAAUUGUAAAGGAAUAUUGCCACGCGACCAUCGAAAUUUGGUCACGUGAUUUAUAAAGAAAUCAAAUAAUAUUGUUUUUUUUUGGCGUCGUGUUCGCCAAGGAAACCGACAAAUUGUUAUUUUUUAUUGUUUUGUAAUUAUCAUCAGAGUUAAGGUUAAGAGGGAUAGUUUCGCUCCAUGUAUUUUUUGGAGAUUGAACUAAAAUAGUAUCUUGAAUUUUUUUUUAAUAGAAUCUUUUCCACAAUGAAAUUGUGUUUUGUUAUCAGGACAGUGAUAGUUAAUAUGCUAUUCUUUUGGCAAUGAUAAAUAUACAAAUUAUGAGGAUACUGGGUAGAAUAUGAUAUACAGAUAUUAUCGUGUUAAUAUGAAUCGCUAAAUUUAUGUCAAGACAAAUAACAGCUUGUUAAAAAUCUUCUCGGAAAAAGUAAUGCAGGUAAAUGUUGGCAGGGCGAGCGAAGCAAAGUACAGUCGAGGAACAAGUACCGUCUUAGCGAAUUUUCGUUGAAGUUUCGACAAAUUUCCGAUCGUUAUUGUCCAAUCAAAACAUAGCACGAGCAAUCCGAAAGUUGUCACGUCAGCUCGUAGUCUGUUUGGUUUGAUUCUGUUCGGAUGGGUCAAAUUUAGUUUGGGUUAGUUCGGCUGUACUCGAGAGGUUUGGGCUAGUUCGGAUCUGUUCGGAUGGAUUUGGUCAAGUACAGCAUAUUUCGGUCCUACUCGGUUUGACUCGGUUCAAAGUGGUUUUGUUUGAAUGCUAAACGGUGACCUGAUUCCUCGACUGGCCAAAGCAAGGAAACCGCACCAUACAGACUGGAAAAACAAGCUGAGCAUGGUUUAUAUAAGCGUUAGUUUCAGCGCCUUUACAUCUAAAGUGAAUUGAAUAGUACAUUUAGAUGUUAUCAAACGCUUUCUCUCUAGGUUAAGAGAAAUAAAUGGAAACAACAAAAUGUUGUUCGUGA